GUAAAAUAAGUGUAAUAAUGUGGAAUACAAUGUGUGUAUGUGAGCUUGCCUGCGUUGUUGAUAGAAAAGGGGGGUGUAUGUGUGUGUGUUCCUGUCCGUUCUUAUCUGUGCAUCUGUGUGGAAGGACAAGGGGAAAAAAAAAAAAAAAAAAAAAAAAAGGGGGAAAAAGGUAAGACAAUUCGGUGUGUGUGAAUUCUUCAGAGUGGGCUGGGUAAUGCGGAGCAUUGUGAGAUAUCUUGCGGACUUUGAAUAUUUCGAAUCCGGUACAUACGUUCGGUGAGUCGCUAGACUGUGUGUGUGUUAUAAUUAAUUUAAUAUCCAUAACUGCUGUAUAAGUGUAAAAAAAUAAAAAUAAAAAUAAUAUUAAUAUGUAAGUGUAUAUAUAUAUAUAAAUAUAUGCAUAUUUUAGAGCAUGCACGCCAAUGGUACAUAUUUUAGACAUCUGUACGACUGCCCAUUGGGUAAAUAGGAAUUACUAGACCUGUAAUAUAUAACAACAUAUUCCCAGAUUGUGUGAUCCAGGAACAGGAAAACUGAAGGUGGGAGAAAAGUGUAUAUUGUCGGGCCAUUAUUGAGAAAUGACUGCCACAGGGCCUAGACGGGGGAGGUUCCUAACUCAGGACGGAGAAAGUAGGCGGCUGCGGCAUCCACAGGGACACAAUGGAGCCCGCGUGAAAGAGAUACAAAACGAUGCAGGAGUAAGUGAAAUUUUGUCCUGGUUAAAACGGGGGGCUCAAACAGACGGUGCGGGGAUAUGGCGCAGUGUGGAAGGGUUGUGUAUAGCCCCAGUCAGCCUCCUCCCACGCUUGAUCAAAGACGCCCAUGGCGUGGAACAUGUCAAUAAGACUGAAAUUAUCCGGAAAAUCCGUCAGGAAUGGUGGUCCCCUCAGCUGGCCUCACAAGUGGACCAAGUGGUAAAUGUAUGUGCUGUGUGCAUCAACCACAACGUGCGAAAGAACCUCACCACCCCCUUAGGACAUAUUCCCCCGCCGACGGGACCGUUUCGGCAUCUAAUGAUGACUCAUAUAGACAUGGGAGCGGAGUUACAGGUGGAUGGGAAACGCUUCCUUCUGGUAAUAGUGGACCGCUUCAGUCGGUGGAUGGAGGCGACUGCUACUUCUGGGGAAGAUGUGGAGUCCGCCGCUAAAUUUUUAUGUUGUGAGGUCAUACCUCGAUUCGGUAUCCCUGAUUUUUUGAGUUCAGACAAGGGCAAACGCUUCGUAAAUAACGUACUUAAGAAUGUUGCAUCGGCCUUGGAGAGUGAUCAUAAGCUAGGAUGUGUAUAUCUUCCUGAGUCCCAAAGCGCGAUGGAUCCAGGGUACCGCACCCUAACUAAUAAUUUGGCAAAAAUAUGCGAUGAAUCACACCUAAACUGGGUCCAAGCCUUACCACUGGCUUUGAUGAAGAUACGAUCACAAACCAAUCGUAUGACGCACUUGACUCCUCAUGAAAUGCUCACUGGGCGCCCACUGCCUAUGGCAUACACCGAAGGUCCAUACACAGAGCCGUCUGAGGCUCAAUCGGAGGGCGACAUGCAGGAUUAUGUGCGUAUCCUCACUCAAAUUCACAGACAGCUAUAUCCACAGGUUAGAGAAGCGAUCCAUGGUGGGGACGGGGUACAGGAGGAUGUACGUUUGGUGGCACCCGGGGAUAAAAUACACAUUCGUAUGUAUAAGGGAAAAAGCCCCCUCGGGGCACGUCGGGAAGGACCCUUCACUGUGGUUGCUGCAACAGCCUCGGCUGUGAGAGUUGAAGAGAGAGAUCACUGGUACCACCUGAACCAGUGCGACCGUGCCGGAGCAGGUACGGGACAGGGAGAACCAACAACCCCAGGCCCUGCCACUACAGGGCAGCCCAUGGAGGCGGAGGUGGUAACCAACAGCGACUCGGAUACCUCACGUAUGGGUCCGGCCUACGGCACUCGAGCCCAGGCUAAAUGAUGGGCUGUGAAAAGGCUGGAUAGACCGGCCCAGUCGGAUGCCGGUAGCUCAACAGGCUCUUCGUUCCUCUCCUCUCCAUACGAUGAUAUUGACCCUGUUACCUCCCCCUGAGCUGAAGCGGGAGACGUAGCUGCCGUCCCGCUGGUAACCCCACCAGAGGCAGAAUUGUUAUCAACACUCGCCACUCUCUGGCAAUCUGAUAACCUUGAUGACCCCAUGCCUAUGAGCACUAUUGAUUUGGGUAUACUGCAGGACCUUGAGGUACAGUUAAGAACACCCCCCGUCCCCGUGCCCCCUGAGCUCCGGUCUCCGUAGGGAUCUUUACACACUCCCCUACCAUUGGGUCGAGAGAACACUGGUUCAGUAGAGUAGCUGGGGUGGGGGCGCCUUAUACCACAGGGCUAAAGAGUUCCUGUUUAGACCAGAGGGUGAUGUUCGGAAGAACACACCGUCAUUGUAUAAUUUACUGAUCAUAAUCUAGACUGCGUACAGUCCUAUAUAUAGAUUGUGACGGGUCAAUAGCUUGCGUACCUUUAAUUGGUAAUUGGAAGUCGGUAUGAUUCCAUGUUUGUAAACAGAAUGAGAACGUUAUCUAAACCACCGAGCGCGCGAGAGAGGGAGAGAGCGCGUGCGAGAGAUUUCUGUUUUUACCCCUUUUUUCCAAUCCUUUAUCUUACGCUCUACAUUAAAAUCGAAGUGAUUCAAUAUGUAUAUAUACGUAGAUAUAUUCCUGAAAAAAAAAUUAAAAUCAAUCAGUAUGUCUUGAUGUUAUCAGUUCGGAGAGAACUUUAAUAAUAGUUUAUGUGGUGUGCAUUGUGCCACUUAGUUUCUACUGCAGAGGCAUCUUUUCCUGACUAAUGAUAAAAUUGACAUGUGAACCUGUUCGUUUUGAGUGAUAUUAAUAAAAAAACCCUGAAAAGUAAAACCGACCCGAGGUAACAGUCUCAGGCUGAUCACAAUGUGGUCCGUAUCAGGCUAGGUCACGUCCUCCCUGUUGAGAUAAUGUUGAGCCUAAACAUUUGGUUUCAGCGAGCAGUCUAACUUCAUGAACUGACUCGCUAACAAGAACUGGAGUAACCAUAAUUAAUUUGUAUCGGUGAUUCCUAUAUGGGUACGUGUCUAUACAAUAUCUUAAGCAGUGUAAGUGCGAAUU